AUGUCAACACGGUUCGAUACCUACCUUCAAGUCAUCUCACACGCGGACAAGUUCCCCCACGAGUUCGAUCCAAAGAACCCAGAUGAAGUACACCAUACCAUACCCUUUCGCCUUCACCCUCACAUUGUCGGCCGAGUACUACCUAGCACAUUGCCACCGUUGAUCGAAUACAAUGAUGCUCAGAUGCCAAAGCCGUUUGAAGUUGUGGAGGGCGAAUAUAUAUCCUUUGCCUCUUGGGUUGACACUUUUGAUAAGCGCACCCAAGUGAUGGAGAACCUGUUACAAACUUGGCGAGAGAAAGGCACAUUUAAAGUCUUGAAAGGUUGGAGAAACGAAAUAUUCCCUGUAUAUGGCGAUGCGUCGCGAUCGGAUAAUGUGGCUUUUGUCAUUGAGCGUGCGGGUACACCGCUCUUUGGCAUUUCACAGUUCGGCGCGCAUCUUAACUGCUACGUCCGGGAACCUGAUGGAAGCAUCAAGAUCUGGGUAGGCAGACGUAGCAGAACAAAACAAACUUGGCCAGGCUUACUGGACAACUGCGUCGCUGGUGGCAUCACCUAUCAAGCCACCACGAAAGACACGAUCGUCAAAGAAUGUGACGAAGAAGCUAGUAUACCCUCAGAGAUUUCAAAACAGGCCCGUAAUGUAGGAGCAGUCUCAUAUUUCACUUAUACUGAACAUGGCUUGGUCCCUGAGACUCAGUAUUCGUUUGAUCUCGAGCUCCCACGCGAUUUUGUUCCCACUCCGCGGGACGGAGAGGUCGAAUGCUUCUACUUAUGGCCUAUUGAGAAAGUACGCGAAACGUUAUUAAACAAUGAAUGGAAACCGAACUGUGCUUUAGUCACGAUCGAUUUCUUGAUGCGGCACUCUGUGAUCACUGCUGACACUGAACCCGACUACAUUGACCUUACCUAUCGACUGCACCGAAAGCUUGAGUUUCCAACGCCGCACAAGCAAGUCGCUGCUCGUGCUCCAUUUGUUGUGACAUCGACUUGUCAACAGCAGUAG